CAAGUAAAAUUUGAAUAUCAUAGAGGUAAAAAUAAGUGACUUGGGAGAGAUGAGAGUAGUUUAAGGGGGGGUUAAAAUUGAACCAAGUUGGUUGUGGUUGAAUGUCAAAAGGUAAAAAAGAGUGUUUGGAUUGGUGAUAUAUGUGCUUUUUGGGCAGUACAAAAGUGAAAAAUAGCACAAGGGUUAGCAGGAGCAGCAGCAGUAGCUGCAUAGUACAGUACACAGAGAGAAAGAGAAAGAGAGAUGGCAGUGAUGAUGAGGUUACAAAGACCUUUACUCUUAUAACUGACAAAAGGGAGCUGGCUGGCUGGCUGGCUCACUCUUAUCAUCAGCCCAAAUAAAGGAAUCCUUUUUGGCUAUUCUUUAAUUACUCCGCAACUCCCCCUCUUCUUCUCUAGCAACAACCAAAUCAAUAGUGGCCACUCUUUUAUCAGAAAAAAACAUAAGGGGUUGCUGUAAAACAUAUGAAAAAAGUGUGAGAAGGAGAGGGAUGGGUUAGGGUGAAGUAGUUAUGGUACAGGAUAUAAUAGGUUGUUGUUGAAUAAGUGAUGGAAUUUGGGAAGUUGGAUGGCAGAGAGUUUCAGAUUUCAGAGUGGUACCAGAUACAGAAGAACAAGAACAAGAGUACAGAAGAGGAAGUGUAAUCAAUCAAAAGCUGGAAAGAGAAAAGCACACCAAGGGUCUGAGUCUGGAUCCUCAGAGGAAUCAGCAGCACCAUCAUCACCAUUAUCAAAAUCAAAAUCAAGAUCCAUCUUUGAGACAUGUAGGAGAAGUUGGCAAACAAGAAGAAAAUCAAGAACCAUCAGAAAACGAACCCCAACUUUAUCUACAUCCUCAACAACAAGCAUUUCUUCAUCACCAUCAGGUUCUUUAUGGAAGGUUAGACUCACAAACACCCCAACAAUUACUUCCACCACCACAACCUCAAACUCAGCCACAGCCUCAUCCUCCGAAGAAACGUUCGUAUUUGCCUUCUUCAUCUUCACUGGGGCAAAACGUCGAACAUGCAACAUUGCGAGGAAAAAUGGGAGAAACGUCAAGAUUAGGCCUAAGGAACACUGUAGGAGAGAUUGUAGAAGUUCAAGGAGGUCACAUUGUGAGGUCUACUGGGCGGAAAGACCGCCACAGCAAGGUUUGCACUGCCAAAGGCCCCAGAGACCGCCGUGUGCGUCUCUCUGCUCAUACUGCUAUUCAGUUUUACGAUGUCCAAGACCGCCUUGGCUAUGACCGUCCUAGUAAAGCUGUUGAUUGGCUCAUUAAAAAGGCGAAACCCGCCAUUGAUGAGCUAGCUGAGUUACCCGCCUGGAAACCCACCAUUGGUUCUGCCUCUGCUGCUGCAACUAACACUAAUUUUGAACAAGAGCAAACUCAAAAGCAGCAACAAGACAAUAACUUUGCAUAUCAACAAGGACAUGCAGGUUUGUUUGAUGAUAAUGUGCCUGGCCCUUCAAGUAAAAGAGCAAUGGAAAGUAAUACUGCGAGCUUUCUGCCUCCAUCUUUAGAAUCUGAUGCUAUUGCUGAUACCAUUAAAUCUUUUUUCCCAAUGGGUUCUUCAACCUCAGCUAACUCUUCAGCUAUGCAGUUUCACAGCUUCCAAGAACCUCAUUUGUUGUCAAGAACCAAUAGCCAGAACCAAGAUUUGAGUCUCUCUUUACAAUUUCAAGAUCCUAUUUUGCUUCACCACCAAAACCAGCAAGCUCAACACCAUAAUCAAACCAACCAUAGGGAACAAGAGCAAGUGCAGGUUCAAGCACCAGCCCACUAUACAGGAAACACCCCACUUGGGUUUGACACCUCAGGCUGGUCUAUGCAUCAGAGACUUUCUUCUUGGAGUGACAGUAGAGACACUGCCCCUGGUGGAAGUGGUGGGGCAGUCACAGAACCUGGUGGGUACUUGUUCAAUUCGCCACCAGCGCCGGUGCUGCUGCAGCCGCUAUUCGGCCAAAAUCAGUUUUUUUCUCAGAGGGGACCCCUUCAGUCCAGUAACACAUCUUCGGUUCGAGCAUGGAUGGACCCAUCAGCGAUAGCAAUUGCCUCAGGUGAUCCAAGUCAUCACCAUCAAGCUGUAUUACCAAUGUAUCCAUCAACAAUUCCUGGUUAUGGAUUUGCCUCUGAAGUAGGCGGAUUCUCUGGGUUUCGUAUUCCUGCUCGAAUCCAAGGUGAAGAAGAGGAGCACGAUGGCAUUUCCGAUAAGCCAUCUUCUGCUUCCUCUGAUUCUCGCCAUUGAAUUAGCUCAAAAUUAUCUCUUUCUCAAUUCCUGACAGGGAUAUGCUCUACUUGAAUGCAAUUGGAACUUACAGAAGUGAUGCUGUCAAAGAGCCUGGAGCUGGAGAAAAUGAUAGAGUUCAUUAUAGAGUCUGAUUCAAUGGCAUGCACCGUGUCGAAAAGAAUCCUGAUCAUUGUUUCAGGUUUUCGAUCCGGUCUAAUAUUUUUAGUUAUUUCGUUCUUGUGUAAUUGAGCUUUUCUAGCUCAACAGCUACUUUAGUGUAGUGUAAUGUGUUUGGCCAGAUUUGUCAUCUUGAUGCUGUUUGCUUUUGUUUCAUGAUUUUGGAGACUUUCAAGCUAGAAUUGGUAAUGUUCUGUUUAGAUAUUUUAAAGUCUUGAAUGCCACUCUUAGUAAUAUUUUCUGAAUGUGAUGGAGGUUUCUUUAA